AUGAGUAAUCCGACGCCAGCUCGAAACGAACCAGGCUGGGCCACCUUGCCAUUUAGACACGGCAGGCAGCCAGGCAGCUCUCGCGACAGCUUCACCUCCGCCAUUGCAUCGCAAAAGGGACCCAGCUCGCUGCUCCCCAGGACCGCCAAGAUGUCCGCCCUCUUCAACUUUCAAUCACUCCUUCUCGUCAUCCUCCUCCUGAUCUGCACCUCGGCCUACACACACCAGAUCUUCCCCUCGUUCAUGGACAACCGCAAAGACGGCGUCGUCGGCAUAUUCUGGAAAUUCGCGCGCGUAGGCGAGCGUCUGAGCCCCUACGUCAGCCUCGCCUGCGUCUUCAUGGCCGUCUCCCUCCUCAUCAACUAGAUACCCCCCCCACAAACACGAGAAACUCCCACGGCACGACAAGGGACACCAGAAGCGGGUGCACACAACGGCGUUAUCAGGAAAUCAAGGAACCAGGAAAAUCAAACGAGCGGACGGCCGGCGUCGCGGGGGCG